CGCAGAAAGAUGUAAAAGAGGAGGAACAAAGAAGGAGAGAACGAACUCAACCGAAAACUCCCACAUGAAGGAAGCAGGUGAUUCUCCAAACCAAAUCACUUCAGUUCAUUUUGUGGCGCAGAAGAGCAAAGCAAACUCUUUAACUUCUGUCUGGUUUUACGCAUUUACAUUGUGCCAAGAAAACUUUAUUUUUAAAAGAAAGCAUCCUCUGAAAGCGCGAGGAGAGCACUUUUACGCAGCGGCUGAAACUCCGUUUGAACCGUCGCAGCUUGCGCCGCUGCUGCCGCAUUUGGAGCGGCGGCUCCUGCAGUCAAACGGGAAUGGCAGAGGUGGAUCUUAUUGGUCAGCUCGCAGCUGUGCGCCGUCGAUAAAACGCGCGGCUGGACGCUCCGGAGCGGAGAGCGUCUGGAGCGCAGAGCAGCGGCGCCGCGGAGCGCACGGACACAUCUGAGGAGGAGCAGCGGGAGGAGGAGGAGGUGCUGCUGGAGGAGCAGAUGCAAAGAGAAGACCUCCUUCUUUCCACCUGUACGCACCGAACCGAGCCGAACCAUGUGGGUUCUGGAUAAGAUCCGCGGGUCAGUGGAGACCGGGGUGCUGCGUCAGGGGGAAGCAGGAGACAAAAAGGGCGCAGCUCCAUCCUACAGCAACGUCCUGACUCCUGACAAGAUCCCGGACUUCUUCAUUCCCCCAAAGCUGGUCAGCUGCCCCCCCGAGCCCGAGAAACCCAAAGAGGGGCUGCAGCCGUCCACGUCGGAGCAAACCCUAACGGGUGGAAGGAAGGUCAGCAGCCCCAGGAGCCCCCGCUUGGUGGCCAAGAUCGCAGGAGACACAAAGAACUUGUUGAGGGCAGCGAACCGCCACAUCAUCCAGAUCGAGAGCGCGGAUGAUGUUGUGGCUGGAGACACCAACGCGGACCCGCAGUCCCAGACCGCCAUGUCUCUGCCUUACGUCCCCAAGACCCAGACCUCGUACGGGUUCGCCACCCUGAAGGAGAGCCCCCACACCCGGCGUAAAGAGUCGCUGUUCCACUGCGAGCUCACCAGCCCCAUCACCUCUCCAAACGCGCAGAGGAGGACCGCGGGGAAAAGCGGGGACGCGGGGAACCACCUGAACCCCGCAGACCUCAACACCUCCCACAUGAACCCCUACAGGUACUUCAGUGGGGGGGAGAGUGACACCUGCUCCUCUGCAGAGUCCUCCCCCUUCAGCUCCCCGCUGCUCUCGCGCUCUGCGUCCCUCCUCAAGAUCUUUACGCACGAGACGCAGGCCAAAGUGGUGAAAGCCAAGCGGACCCUGGCGCGCCACAGCUCCCUGUCCACCGACGAGUGCAGCUCCGCGGAGCCCAGCCCCAACAUCCAGCGGCGGCUGCACGUGCCGUCCCUCCACGGGGGGGCGGCGGCGCCCGACCACGGCCUGCAGCGGGAGCACACCAUCAACCUGCACAAGGGAGGCACGCUGAGGAUCAGCGCCAACUACGACUCCGGCACCUCCCGCCUGCUCAUCCGCGCGCUGGCGGCCGAGAGCCUGUACGACAAGCACGUGGACAUCAAGAGCAUCAACUGCUGCGUGUCCGUGUACCUGAACCCCGGGAAGCUGCAGAAGCAGAGGAGCAACAUCAUCAAGAACAGCCGCAACCCCGUCUUCAACGAGGACUUCUUCUUCGACUCCAUCAGCUCCCUCCAGGUGAAGAACCUGUCCGUCAAGUUCAAGGUGGUCAACAAAGGCACCAGCCUCAAGAGGGACACGCUGCUGGGGGAGAGGGAGGUGCCUCUGACGAAGCUGCUGUCGGGGCUCUGAGGAGGAGAUGGAGGAGCUGGAGGAGAUGGAGGAGGAGGUCCAACAAGAGUUUCUAAGAAUUCCCAAACAGAGGACGGAUUUCAGAAAAACGCCCCUCAUCCUCAUCAGAAGCCUCGUGCAUGGUGGAGGUCUCAUCCUGGUCAGGGCUCCCCUGACCCCCUUCAUCCAACUAUUACACCGAACAUUCCCGAACCAGGCCCGGUUCAAAGGUUCGGCCCACCUGCGCUCAGCCCAUCCGGCCUGCGCCCACAGCUGGAUUUGGUUAUUCAAAGUGCCGCAGGAGCGCAUGCCCGUGGAUCAGCUGCACCUUCGCGUGCGCGCGCGCGCUCUGAAGAGGCCCUGAUGUGCAAAUGAGCCUUUGAUGUGCGCGAAAUUAUGCACAUCAAAAAUAGAAACACGUUAUGAUUAACUAAAGCAGCGUGACUGCCAA